AAUAUAGAUAUAUAUUCCUCUCUCUCUCUCUCUCUCUCUCUCUCUCUCUUCGAGAUUCAUCGCGAUCUUCUCACCCUAAAAUCAUUCGUCUUCAAUAACGAGUGAUUGAUUUCCCAUACUAGUAGUAAUACCAGAUCGAUCGAGGUCGUACGAGCUCGAUCGCAGCUUUUGGAUCCGCUCUUUUAUACACAGUUUUGGAGGAAGUAUUCAGUUGUGAGUUGUAUUGGAAUAUGUCGAAUUACGCUGUGAACGAAGUGUAAUUGAUUUUAGGAUUCUAGUCACAGACCAUGUCCUAUGAACAAGCGGAAGACGCUGAACACAUGGCAGAUGAAUACGAAAUGGAGGAUGUAGAUGACGACAUGGAUGAAGAGUUCCGUGGCAGAGAGAUGGCCGGCUCAGACUCUGAAGUGGAUGAACAUGACUACUUGAACAACAAAAUGGCAGACACUUCUGCUGCUCAAGCUAGGAAGGGCAAAGAUAUCCAAGGAAUUCCUUGGGAGAGGCUUAAUAUCACAAGGGAGAAGUAUAGGCAAACUAGGUUAGAACAGUACAAGAAUUAUGAGAACAUCCCUCAAUCUGGUGAGGGGUCAGAGAAAGAAUGCAAAGUUACAAUGAAAGGGGGUAUGUAUUAUGACUUCAGACGUAAUUCAAGAUCUGUGAAAUCAACGAUACUUCAUUUCCAGUUGAGGAACUUGGUUUGGGCUACGUCAAAGCAUGAUGUUUACCUUAUGUCGCAUUUUUCUGUUACUCAUUGGUCUGCAUUAACUUGUAACAAGACUGAGGUUCUCAAUGUUUCUGGUCAUGUCGCACCACAUGAGAAACAUCCAGGAAGUCUACUGGAAGGAUUUACGCAGACCCAAGUAAGCACACUUGCAGUAAGAGAUAGGUUGCUUGUUGCCGGGGGAUUUCAGGGAGAACUCAUUUGCAAGAAUUUAGAUAGACCUGGAGUUUGCUUCUGCACGAGGACAACAUACGAUGAUAAUGCAAUUACUAAUGCAGUGGAGAUCUACACCGCUCCAAGUGGUGCAGUUCAUUUCACGGCUUCCAACAAUGAUUGUGGAGUUAGAGACUUUGAUAUGGAAAAAUUUCAGCUUUCUAAACAUUUCAGGUUUCCUUGGCCAGUGAAUCACACUUCCUUGAGUCCUGAUGGUAAGCUUCUUAUAAUUGUUGGAGAUAACCCAGAGGGUAUGUUGGUGGACUCCAGGACUGGGAAGAUGGUCACGUCUUUGGUUGGUCACUUGGAUUUCUCAUUUGCAUCAGCAUGGCACCCUGAUGGCCUCACCUUUGCUACUGGGAAUCAGGACAAAACCUGCCGGAUUUGGGAUGUCCGAAACCUAUCCAAGUCAGUUGCGGCUUUGAAGGGAAAUCUCGGAGCCAUCCGAUCGAUUCGCUACUCAUCUGACGGUCGUUUCAUGGCAAUGGCAGAGCCUGCCGAUUUCGUCCAUGUUUUCGAUGCCAAAAGUGGAUAUGAGAAGGAACAAGAGAUCGAUUUCUUUGGCGAGAUAUCUGGCAUGUCUUUCAGUCCUGAUACGGAGUCGCUCUUUAUUGGAGUGUGGGACCGUACAUAUGGUAGCCUUCUUGAGUUUGGCCGACGAAGGAAUAACUCGUACCUUGAUUCUAUCUUCUGAGUGGGUGAUUGGACCUCUCUGCAAAUAAGUGUGCAAAUAAGUGUGCGAAGGGGGGCUCUCUCAUUCUACCAUCUUAGUUUGGCGUAAAAAUGUAAUUAAUGUGUUGUGGGAUUUAGGUUGUUAGUGUUCUUUUAGUUGGAGUGUUCUGUUUGGAGUGAUCAUGAGUCGUCGGAGGGAGGUUUGUACAGAAGGCUAAGAAGCGUUGGUCAUGCAAACAGAGAAACUUUUAACUGGGAUUCUCGUAGAUGUGUUAUUUCAUGCGAGUCCUGUUUUUGCGCGUCUUUGUGAACCCUGAUUUAUUUUGGGAACUUAUCUUUUCACUUCCUUUAUCUGAACUGGGGAAAAGUCAUGUAAUUUGAGCAACUUGUUCUCUCUUUUGUACUACUGCUGGAAGAGAGCUUCUUCUUCUCGUCUUUCUUUCAAAUGAAGGGUGUUGAAUGACUGUUCCAUGAA